AUGUUGCGCAUCGUGGCAUCUGGAUGCGUGAAUCCGAGUACUAAAGUGGUUAGUUUCAACUUGAAUGUGUUUGGCAUAGAUUGUCGAUUCGGUAAUGAUGUGACCACCAUGCCGUUGAAUAUCAAACCAGCAGACCAAUCCAGAUUCACGUACAAGAAUUUGAGAGAUUUGAAUGAUAAUAAUAAAGCAUAUAAGAGCCCACUAGCAGUGAUAUGUCACGUGGACGUAAAUGCUUUCUUUGCACAGUACGAGCAGAAUCGGCUUAACUUGAGCCACGACGAUCCCGUUGUAUGCCUCCAGUGGAACUCGAUUAUUGCAGUUUCUUAUGCUGCUCGGAAAUACGGAAUCAAUCGAAUGGACACUCUUGAGUCUGCGAAACGGAAGUGUCCUCAUUUAGUAGUUGCUCAUACGGCUGUGUUCAAGCGUGGAGAUCCUACUUGGAAGUAUGUGAACUAUCGGCCUUCACCUGUAAAUCACAAGGUAUCUUUGGAUCCAUACCGAAGAGAAAGUCGUAAGAUGAUGAGGAUAUUUCAGUCUUUUUGUGAUUUGGUGGAAAAGGCUUCAGUGGACGAGAGUUUUAUGGAUUUUGGCCGGUUGGUGUUUAAAAGGUUGAUGCUACUGUUCCCGGAGCUUGUUAAGGGAAUGGAACGGACUUCGGAUCGGCUUCCUCAAGUCCCUCUUGAAGGUUUUUCCGACCUUGAUUGGCAAGGUAUAGUUAUUUUAUGUGAUGAAGAUGAAGAAGAGAAAGAAGGUCCUGUUAUUAGUGAUUGGGACGAUGUGGUAGACUUGAUUGGAUCGAAUCUCGCAUACGAAUUACGUCAGAUGCUAAUUAAGGAGCUCAACUAUACUACUAGUGCUGGAGUGGGAAGAGUGAAAACGUUGGCAAAACUUGCCAGUGGAUACAAUAAACCUGAUCUCCAGACAAUUGUACGUAGUCGAGCAAUUCCAGAUUUUCUAAAGCGGUUUUCUAUCAAGGACUUCUGGUCUCUGGGCGGGAAAAUCGGUGAUUUGGUGCUUUCAAGGCUUUCUUCAGGCACUGUCGAGGAGGACGAAGAUCAAAUAGGAUACAUCAGAGAUCAUUACAGUCUAAAAGACCUAAUUUCAAGGUUUGACCAUGAUCGAGAGUUAGCACAAAGAGUGUAUGACAUAGUUCGAGGUCAGCUUUAUGCUGCUCUUUCAUCUCGUAUCGACAUCAAGUCGAUGGCAUCGAACAAGAAUUUCCGAGGUCCCUCUGUGAACUGUAGUAAGGAUCUUUUGCCUUGGCUAGAUGUGUUUGUAGGUGACUUGGUUCUCAGAUUACAGGAUUUGGAUGAAGAGACUGAUACAGUUCGUCGUCCUACUAAAUUUGCUUUAGGAAUGACCUGUGGCCGUGUUACCAAACUCAAGCAGUGUACGAUGACGCCGAUAAAGGAUUAUGCAGAGUUUACAAAGCGUUUGAAGCAGUUGAGUGUAAAGCUUUUGGGAGAACUAGAGUCGACACGGAAGGGAAAUGCUGAUUUCUCGUCAGUGUAUCCAUGUAUUCAAGCCUCCUUGACUAUUAGUGGAUUCAUCUCAUUGGAGGGGUUUGCGAAUAUAGAUGAGUUGAUGAAGAAACAAAGUACCGAAGGUAGAUCCGAAGGAAGCAAGCCCGUCUUUCAUCCAAGAAAGCGCAGAAACCUUGGCAUAGCGACUCUGUUAACCCAAGGUAAAGUGAAAUCUGCCGAAGGUGCCGCUGAUGACUAUAUCUGCUCUGAGUGCAGGAAAAGAAUCCUCAAAAGCAACAUGGAUGAACAUAAGGAUUAUCAUGUGGCUUUAAAACUCGAUCAGGACCUGAAUAGCCAAAAUCAGAAACACCAAGAGUAUCAUGGACAGUCACAACUACCAUUCUAG